UUGCUCAAAGUUGAUGCGACGCUUCAGGAAGAAUCUCGUAUCGUUGCCGAGGCAUGGAAGAUUUUAGAUAAAGCCUUUGUUGACAAAACGUUCAAUGGAAAUGACUGGACCGAGGUUCGAAAGAAAUAUGUUCGAACGAAUUACAAGAACACAGCGGAAGCCUAUGCCGCCAUUCGUGAGAUGACGGGUUUAUUAGGAGACAGGUUUACCCGAUUCCUCACGCCGGCACAAUACGAGACUUUAAGCAAUAUGUACACGAGCGAGACACCACAGGCAGGGGUUGGAGUAGAAAUGGCAUUGGAUCCUGAGAGCAAUCAGAUCAAGAUUGUUUCAGUAGUGCCAUCAUCUCCUGCUGAAAAAGUGGGAGUGAAAAAGGGGGAUUUAUCGUCGCGAUCAAUGACGUGUCUGUCGGGGGGAAGCACUCCUGAUGACGCUGCUUCGCUUCUGAGGGGAGAAGAUGGUAGCACUGUGAACAUCAAGCUUGAGUCGAAGGGGAAAACAAGGGAACUGGUAUUAACAAGGGAGAUCCUUAAGGCAACUUCGGUUUCUUCCAAGCUUGUGCCAUCACCUGAGUCGAACAGGUCGAGGAGAGCAGAGAGCUUGUCUUGUCCCUCACGAGCGUCUUCCCAGGUUCUCUCCGAGGCGAAGGCGCUCAGAACUCAGGGAGCUAAGGCUCUCCUGCUGGACCUCAGAGGAAACCUUGGGGGUUAUUUCCCAGCUGGGGUUGACCUUGCAAAGGUGAAAAUCGAUGUUCCUGUGCUUGCCCUCACAUCUACACAGAAUGGUGCACUAGCCGAAGUUUCGUUGGCUGUUCUUGUAGAUCACAACACAGCGAGUGCUGCAGAAGUUCUCACAGCAGCUCUACAAGACAACAAGAGGGCGGGAGUUAUCGGAGAGCAGACGUACGGCAAGGGAUUGGUGCAGACCAUUGCGAGGCUGCAAGACGGGAGUGCGCUGGUCAUCACUGUUGCCAAGUACCGCACUCCUCUUGGCCAAGACAUCAACAAGGUCUCGUUGUUAUGGUUUCCACUGGAUCGUUGA